AUGUCAGAUAAAUGCACUAUUAGUUGGUGUGAUUUACCAAAAUAUAGUUUGACAUUUGGACUUGAACAAAAUCAAAUUGAUACAUGUCCGGCAUUAAAUGUUGCUCUUUGUUCUUUAUCGAAAAUUUUGAUGAACGAUCAUCUUCUAGUUAACUUGAGCACACAUUUUAUCCCAUUCAAAGAAUAUACAGGAAGGUUUCCAAGUGUUGUGUCUCCAUCAAUUAUGAUGCAAAUGAAAGAUACAUUUACUAAUACAACAGUACCAAGAAUCGUUCUUCAAGAUGAUACAGAUAUUGAUGCACCUUUCUCAUGUGCUGUGUACGGAUGUUACAAAGGUAGAGAAAAGGAAACAGAUACUGAAAUAAUAUACCUAAAUAAACAGUUAAUAGAUUGUUCAAAAUAUAGUGAUCGUCAGGAAGAUGUAAUUGACGAUGUUGUAACAAAGUUUAAUGAUGGUUAUCGUAUAAUCCCUAUCGAAUAUUUAAAUUCAUUAUUCAAAUCAAGUACAUAUGAAAAUGUUACAGAUCAUAUGUCACUUACAAUUUCAAUGGAACAAUUAAUACACGCAACAAUACUUCACGAAGAAUUAUUAAAGUUUAGUUGCAAGAGAGUUUUUGAUCCAAUAGAUGAACCUUUUUUGGAUGGAACAAUAAACACAAUUGGUAAUGAAAAAGGAAAAAGGAUAUUUAUGCCAUGUGAUAAGAAACAUUAA